AUGCCGGGCAAGAUUGACGCCUACGUGGAUUGCGUAUCGCCAUAUUCAUACUAUGCGACGCUAUACCUCAGGAAGAAUCGCAAGGCUUUAGAGUCGUAUGGUAUCGAGAUUGAAUUCCACCCGGUUUUCCUAGGCGGGAUCAAUAUCUCAAUCCAAUCCAAAAUCUCACUGAAACAGCCCCAACGCUGCAUGAUCUACAUCAAACUUAACUUCCCGCGCGAGAAAUACGAAACAACAUUCCUUACCCUCUGGGAAUGGAUGUUCUACAAGGGAAUUGACAUCAGCAAGCCAGAGAAUCUAGCAGAAGUCUUCCGAAGCAAUGGGUACUCCAAUUCCGAGGUUGGGGAGAUCCUCGCCUCGGCGUCCAAGCCUGAGUUUAAGGAGGCUUUGACAGCUAAUACGCAGACUGCGCUUGAUAAAGGUGCUUAUGGGGCGCCUUGGUUUUGGGUGAGGAAUUCUGAGGGGAAGGAGGAGCCUUUCUUUGGGAGUGAUCGGUUUGCGUUUAUGUGGAUGUAUCUUGGGUUGCCGUUCCAGGAUAUUGCUAUCGUGGAGAAGGGCAAGGAGAAGGAGAAGUCGAGACUUUAG